AUGUCGAAAAGUCGUAAAUGCCAUCUUGACGUUGCUGGAACUAAUCGACUGAAUGAAUAUAUUCGCCACUAUGAAGAGGCCUCGUAUAAUCGUUUUGAUGCCCAUUCGCAACAUGAACGCUCGAAAAGAAGCACCAAUGGAAAGAGCCACAUUCAGAUAGGAUUUAGGGCUCAUGGAAGAGACUUCAGAAUAAGGCUUCGAAGAGACACAUCUGGGUUCGCUUCCGAAGAUCUAGAAGUCGUAGGAUCUGAUAACAAACCAGUUCCUGUAUCUCUUUCACAUAUAUACCAAGGAUAUGUUCUAGGUGAACCUGGAAGCACAGUUUUUGGUGCCCUCCACGAUGGAAUUUUUGAGGGGAAAAUUAUAUCAAAAUAUGAUAACUACUAUGUAGAGAAAGCAUCUAGGUAUUUCCCCAGAAAUAACAGUUUCCAUUCUGUGAUUUAUAAGGAAUCAGAUGUUGAAGAUCCUUAUAUGGAUGUUAGGUCAGGUGGUCAUGUGGGAGGCUGUGGAGUAAACACGGAAGCAAGUGAAUGGAUGGAGAGAGUACAAAACUCAGCUGUUGAGGAAGAAGACAGCCCUGAAACUGAUAAGAGAAAGUUACCAAAGAAAUAUAAUGCUGGUAAAGAGACUAAAAAUAAAAAAGAAAGUGAAAAGACUGUCAAAAGUGAUGAUCUUUCCAAGCAUAAAAAGACUUUAGUUAGUAACAGUGAAGACAAUAUAUUUAAUGAUAGUCCGUACAGCAAAUAUAGUAGAGAAGCUAAUACAAGAAAAAAGAGAGCCGCGAGACCAAAGGAAGAAAAUCGAAACACUUGCUCCCUUUUCAUUCAAACUGAUCCUCUCAUUUGGAGGCAUAUUUCAGAACAGAUCGAUGAUGAUGCACCUUGCAAUCCAAACUACAGAGGUGAACCAAAUCCAUUUUGUAUGGAAAACAUUGAUGUCAGCAACUUCCUGAAUCUUCAUUCGCUAGGAAAUCAUGAAGCUUUUUGUCUUGCAUAUGUCUUCACUUAUAGAGAUUUUAAUGGAGGAACAUUAGGUCUCGCUUGGGUAGCUUCUGCGUCAGGUGCUUCUGGUGGGAUUUGUGAGAGGUAUAAAACUUAUACUGAAACUGUUGGUGGCCUAUAUCAGUCUACCAAAAGGAGCCUUAACACUGGCAUAAUAACUUUUGUUAAUUACAACAGUAGGGUCCCUCCAAAAGUUUCACAGCUUACUUUAGCUCAUGAAAUUGGGCAUAACUUUGGAUCACCUCAUGACUAUCCCCAAGAAUGCAGACCUGGUGGACUAAAAGGAAAUUACAUAAUGUUUGCAUCAGCGACCAGUGGUGAUAGACCCAACAAUAGUAAAUUUUCAUCUUGCAGUAUAGGCAACAUAUCCAAAGUUUUGGAUGCUAUUGAAAUUGAGAAGAAAGCUAAUUGUUUUAAAGCUUCUGCUGGAGCAUUCUGUGGUAACAAAAUUGUUGAGGAUGGUGAAGAAUGUGACUGUGGUUACGAUGAAUUGGAAUGUCGUGAUAAAUGUUGCUAUCCGAGAUUAGUAAAUGAUUCUGAAAAAAGAAGAAAUACUUCUGCUAAGGGUUGUACCCGACGAGCAAAUACACAGUGCAGCCCGAGCCAGGGACCAUGCUGCUUAAGUGAUCAGUGUAGGUUCGUGCCUGCUUCUCAUAAUAUUCAAUGUAAACCAGAAUCAGAAUGCUCUUGGUCAUCUGUCUGCGAUGGAAGGACAGCUCAGUGUCCACGCCCGAUGCCGAAGGCCAACAAAACAAGAUGCAAUGAAGGAACACAAGUCUGUCUUAACGGUGAAUGUAGAGGAUCUAUUUGUCUUGAAUGGAACAUGACCGAAUGCUUCCUUACUUCCCAGGCCUCUCCAAAUAUUGAUAAGCGACAGUUAUGUGAACUUGCCUGUCAAAAUGGCACUGACGUAACGACAUGUCGUAGUACUUCCGAAUUUGCUGCCCGCUUGGGUUUGCCAUCUGGAGGAAUAUCUCUUACUCCAGGAUCUCCUUGUGAUAAUUUCCAGGGCUACUGUGAUGUCUUUCUUAAAUGUAGAGCAGUUGAUGCUGAAGGUCCAUUGGUAAGGUUGAAAAACUUGCUGUUCAACAAAGAGAAUCUAUUAACUCUCCGGCAAUGGGCUGAAACGCCCGCUAGCGGAGGUAGGGCUGGGCCGAGAAGGGGACCCGCUCACGGCUAUGGGGAAGGUCGCGGUCACUACUAUCCUCCCAAAGCAUCAGCACCACCUCCCAGCAGAUCUGAUUUAUACGCAGGCGCCUAUUCCGACCGGAACGCAUUUCACAUGAGGCAGCAUAAAGUCUGACGAUGCCCUUUAAUCAAGUUGUGGCUAUCUAAAAUCUUGAUUUAAUGAAGUGAUCAAGAUUCUGACCAACAAUCAACUUGAUGUUCUCAUCAACUGUUAUAAUUUAUAUUAAACUUCUGUACAUAGAAUAAUAAUAUACAUAUUUAAAAAAUAAAUAUAUAUAUAGAUAUUUAUAUAUAUAUUUUCAAAGAUUAUUACCUAAGAAAGAAUAAACAACAAAAAUGAAUGUUAAAAGCUAAGAAUUUUGUUUUCUGUAUUUGUAUUUAUGAAUUUAUAUAUAUAUUUUUAUUUAUUGUUUUACCGAAAAAAUUAUGUGAGAUUCUUGUUUACUGUGUUUGGAGACCUUGAAUACCUCACUACCUUCGUUAUGAAAGGAAGCUCUUUGUUAGUGUGUGCUAGGGAUAAGCUAAAAAUAAUAUCUAAGAGAAAGUUACAUAUGCAUUAUAUAUAAAUAAGAGUUUGUGAAGUUUUUCUUUACAGUAUUUCUUAUUUUAUUUAUAUAUAUCUCUCUAAUUUAAACAAUCAAAACACAGAUGAUAUCUAUCAUCUAUGUUUUAUAAAAAGUACAUUUAUAUCCAAAGAUAAUUAAUUAUAUUCAUAUUCUGUUACAUUUGUUCCCUAUCUUUUACAUAAAAUAAAGAAUCCUAUUUACGUGAAAGUAUAUAAUAUAUCAGAGGUAACAGUUUAUUUUUAGAUAUUCUUUUUGGUUCCUAUGUAAAUAGUUUCUUUUUUUUUUUUUUUACUAAUUUGAACAAUAGUCUGUUAUUUUUAAAAUUAAAUUCGAGAAUAAAUUUUAAAUAUUCACUGCCUGUAAUUUAAGUUUUAAUUUUAAUUUUUCAAAUUUGUGUGGUCAUUUUUCAUAAAGGACUUGUAUUAUUUUAUUAUAUUUGUUCCAUCUAUGAAUGGAUUUUGUAUUUCUUUUCAUUUUUUUUUUUUUUUUUUUUGUAUUUUUAGUUAGAUCUCUGUAUUGUUUGGAAAUCGUCGUAUGAAGUUAGGCAUGGAACAAUAUUAAAACAAACUUUUUCUAUAAAUAAAUAUUUGAUAUCCUAAUGGCUUCCAAUUUUCCAUUAAAUGCUAUAAUUUAUAUUUCUUCAGUUGAAUAAAAAGACUUGAUAGUUAUAUUUUCAGGCUACUUUUAGUCAAUAAUGAAUUGUUUAAUCACCAGUUUCUUUUGUACAAUGUUUCACAUUGUAAUUUGUUUAAUUUAUUAGUUUUAUAGAAGUCAACUUCAUUCGCUACAUUUUCUAUAAGAAAUACUCAAUUAUAUAUACUCUACCAUUUGUAAAUUUAAAAUAUAUUGUAUAUUUUCUUAUUGUUUUAAGUACAUUUUAAUAAUGUUAUUUAUAUUACGUUUAUAGAUCAUAGCAAUAUUGUGAUCCAUUGUAUUUGAAUUACCUUUAAUUGCAUAUUUAUUAGUUACAUUUUGUAGAUUUCUGUGCUUAACAUUAUAUAAAAUUUCAUCUGUGAAAUUAAUGGAACUGAAAAGAGAAAACCAGCACAUAUUUACAAAAAGCACUUUUGUAUUCAAAAGAAUAAAAAUUAUCAGCAGUAAAAAUAAUUUUCAACUUAUUUUUACUCUCUCUAUUAGAUUGAUAUAUUUUUAUUGAUUUUUUUUUCCUGAUAUCUUGUUGAUAUGAAAAGACAUUUACAAAAACACAAUUUGUUAUAUUGUACAGAUAUGUAAAUAAUAUAUUUAAUGUAAUUCUUGUGACUCAAUAUUUGAAUGGAGAAAUCGUUUUAAUAAAAAAUUUCUUUUGUUAAUA